AUGGAUGCCACAGCGUGGCUCAACUCCGCGGCGCGUUUAGCCCGUCCCACAGAUGCGUCGGACCUUCUCGGCGCUGCUGCAGCAAUGGACGCCCUGGCGCGGCGCAAUAGGAUGGAGGAGGAGACGCAGCGACUUCUCAAAGUCAUAUUCGGGGACGCUGACGUGGCUCCCCGCACCUUACGGGAGCGGGACGCCGUCGUCCCUAGGUUUUCCAGGAGGCGCUUCGAGGCACCGUCCCUGGCAGUCGCCUCAAAUACCGGAACUGUAGAGCCGUCGAUAAAGUCGGAUCUCUUGGUUAAUGUGGCUAGCGAAUCCGGGAUACAGCAACCAACAGUAGCGUCAUUUACGGCGCAAGAUGCGGGUUUGAUUGAGCGAAAACUGGAGCUUUUGGAGCGGAUUCAGCAGCAACGCCUGCAGGAGCUGGAAUGGGAGUUGUUGCAACAACAGCAGCAUCAGCAGCAGCAACAUCAGCAGCAGCAGCAGCAGCAACAGGCGAUAAAAGGUACCCAUACGGGCUUCGUGGCUGAUUUGCACAGUGCGUGUUCGUCGCUUCCUCCAUCGAUUCCGGUCUCCUCGUCGAGCGGGAUCGCCGGCGCGUGCAACGGGUUUGGCGGUGUUACCGCGUGUUCUGGCAGCGGAGGAGGGAGCGGGCUGGCCUUUACCUUUCAGUCCCCCCCCAUCGUCCCCUCCCUCCCUCCAUCCCUCCCUCCCUCCCUCCCUCCCUCCUUCCCCUACUUCUUCUCCUUUUCCCACUUUCCCUUGCUCACAGCUUUCGCGCCUCCAUAUCUGAAACUUCCCCCCCCCUCUGCUCCCUGUCUUCCACACCCCCCUUCCUCCCCUUCCCCUCGCUCCCUCCCCUUCCACUGUCCCCUACAGCACACGUUCCCAUGUUCUCCAGUCGCACUCUCGCCCCCAUGUCCCUGCCUGGCGCGCCACUCGCCAGGCCCCUUUCUCACCCCGGUCCCACCGCCCUCCCUCCUCCACCUCACCACCUCUCCGCCUCCUCCCUCUCCUUCUCCACCGCUUCUCUCAGCUCUCUCCCAUCCGCCUUCCCAUCUGCUUUCCCUCCUCACAACAUCCCCGAGUCUGUUCUCUCCCCCUCCUCUUCCGCCGCCGCCGCGUUUGCUCCUGCAGCGUCCGCUGCAGCUCUCCUUCCAUUCGCCCCUGGCAGCAACCUGA